CUUUCAUCUCCUCAAAUACCACAAUCACUUUGUUCUGAUCCCAAACCAUCAAUUCUGUCUGUUAAGUGCUAACCCCUUUUUGUCCUUCAAUGGAACAUGAAGACAAACAAUCUCAAUCUCCUGAGAAAACCCCAUACACUCAACUUGAGCAAGCUAACUCUGAUUUUAUGCUAGCAAUUGGCUUGCAAGAGCAAGAUGGAGCAUUCACAGCACUUGCAACAUUUGAAAGUGAUACUGAGGGUGAUUCUUCUUCUGAUAAUAAUGAUUAUGAUAAUGAUGCUGACUUUUUCCUGAGCCAAGAGUUUGAAUCAGACCUUCAGUUUCUUGAGAGUGAAGGAAGCAGUGAUGAUGUGGAAAUGGAAGAAGAAGAUGAUGAUGAUGGCAUUGAUGUGGAUGAACUCACUUAUGAAGAGUUGAUUGAGUUGGGAGAUUUUAUAGGAAAAGAGAAGAGAGGACUAAGGGCCAACGAAAUUGCUUCAUGCUUGCACUCUCAAAAUUACCAUGUGGAAAGCAAAAGUGGUACUACUGAUCUUUGUGUAAUUUGUCAGGUUGAAUAUGAAGAAGGUGAAGCCCUGGUGGCACUUCAAUGUGACCACCCUUAUCAUACAGAUUGCAUAAGCAAGUGGCUUCAAAUCAAGAAGGUUUGCCCAAUUUGCAGCAGUGAAAUUUCGGUUCCCAAGAAUAUGAUGAAUUAAAGAUCCUUUCAUUGUUUAGAUAGCAAUUGUGAAAUUUGUGUGUAGAAAAGUUGUGCAAUCUGAAUUUGAAUGAAAAUAGUUCACAAAAUAAAAUCAGCACAUAUACUUUGUAACAUAACGAACGACAUAAGAUUGAUGUUUCAUGAUAGACAAUUGUUUGAAAAUCAAA